AUGCUCGUCGACAAGAAGCUUGAGUUCAAUCUAGCUGUAACGAAAGUCGAUAACGCCGCACGUAAGAACGGAAAACAGGCUCCCGUGAGCGAAUUAAAGAAGACCAGUGAUGUGCAGCCGUCACCAUCACCGAGGACUAAGGCAACAGUGACUGUAUCAUCAGAGGCAGCGCGACACCUAGUGUUGACAAUUCCCGCACCGGCC